ACGGCGUGAAGACUUUCGCGCAGGUGCCCUUGUGACGUUAAGGGGUCACCGAGGGUAUAUAAGGAGCCCCAUCAGGCCGGGCGUGGCAGUCGUGUUGUGUCCGUGACGCGACGCAGACGUCAUGAGGUUAUCCCUCCUGAUAUUACUGUUGGUGGCCCUUGCGGUCGGCCAGGACGACAGGAGACAGAAGGCUCGAGCAAAAUUCCUCGAGUUAGCCAACAGAGCAAGGAAUGGAGACGCGGAAGCACAGCAGGAACUACUUGCUCGCCGCCGUUUUCGGACACCAUCGGCAGAGCGAGUGUCAGUUGUCACACCCUUGGAGAAGGAGUCUCCGGCUCGUGUGAAGGCUGCGGUACCUCCCGCAUUAGUACCACAGCCAGUGUUCUCUGAGGGACAAGCGCCACCCGUGGAGGAGAAAGGUCCGCAGCAGCUUCGCCAGCGGCAGCAUGUGUCUCAAUCUCUUGGUCCGGAGCCCACCACUUUCAGGCCACAGCCAUUUGAUCCAGUGUCUGAAACAGAGGGACCUAUUGGGGAAACAGACUUAGUCACAGAAGAGCCUGUCUUUGAUGUGGCACCAACAGACGCCGUGACCGAGGUCCCCCAAGGUGAAUCCCCCGAACCGCCAUCUGAGCCGAAACUGGAGGAGCAGCAAGUCCAAGAGCCUCAAAAACCAAGACUGAUCGAGAACAAUCUUCAGCGACAACGACCUGCUCUCAAGCGGCCAGAUUUCUCAAUUCCGUCUAUUCCAGAUAUUCCAGAUAUUCCAUCCAUUCCAGCCAUCCUAUCCUCCAUCCCGGCCAUUCCAGAGUUCGCAGCCAAUGAGCGGCAGUCGCGAUCACGGCUCUCGGCUGCAAAACUCAAGCAGACGCGAACAGAGGGCGAACAGGUUGAUGGGUCCCUUCAUCUUCUGAAAACCGCGAGACUGCAACAGAAUGACGAUCGGUCAGCAGGUCCUCAAGUUGCCAUCAAGAGACCAACCCAAUCGCAGCAACCCAUCAGGAGGCUUCAGCAACGGCCAGCACUUAAGAGGGUGCAGUCAACAAACAGGCGGCCACCACAACCUGAAUCUACUGACAGAAGGCCACCACAACCUAAAUCCAGCGACAGAUCACCACAACCUGAGGCCAUUCAAAGAAAACCACCACAGCCUCAGUCCAGCGACAGAAAUCCACCGCAGUCUCUGGCUAGCGAUAGAAAUCCACCGCAGUCUCAGGGUACUGAAAGAAAACCACCACAGCCUCAAUCCAGCGAUAGAAGGCCACCUCAGCCUAGAACUAGACCCCCACAGCCUCAAUCCGACGACAGUCGUCCACCUCCGCUUAAAACCAGGCCACCACAGCUUCAUUCCGACGGCAGAAAGCCACCGCAGCUUCAGUCUGGUGGCAGAAGGCCACCACAGCUGAGCGGUAGAAGGCUACCACAGCUCCUAUCCAGAGAUAGAAAGCCACCACAGCCUCAAUUAGAUGGCAAGAGGCUUUCACCAUUAGCAAUCAGGCGCCCACCGCAGUUCAAAGCAGAUACAAGCAGACCACAACAGUCCACACCUACCAUCAAGGCGCCAAGUCCUCCACCAUCACCUUCAGUAAAUGAAAAACAGCCAUCCGAGCCUCAGCCAGAUGACAAGAAACCGUCAGAGGCACAAAUGGAUGAAAACAAGUCACCAAAGGCUCAGGAGGAGGAGAAGAAACUCUCACAGCCACAACCUGACGAAAAGAAGCCACCCCAGACCCUGCCAACUAUCAAGCUGCCACCACAACCAAUUCCAGUUCCUGCUGGGAAGCUACCACAACCAAGACCAGUUAACAAGCGAAUCCGGAGACCAAGACCAGGAGCCAAGGGACGACCCCGACCGCAACCCCAGCCAGAGGCCAAGGGAGAGGAGGAGGCUCCAGGUAAGGCUCAGGAAGAAGCAAGCACCCCGGCAAAGAAAGCGGAGCAGCCAAAACUAGAUUUCAACAUAUCAGCACAGAUCGAAACCAUCCUUAAGGAGCUAGAUAAGAACCAAGCCACGACAGAACAGAGCAGACUGGCAACUGAAGAACCCAAACGGAGAAGGCCGUCUCCUAAGCGCCGUCCCCAGAGCAAAGCACUCGUAUCCACUCGCCCACGCGUCCAGACCUUCACAUCCGCACGGUCACAGACCACCACUCCUCGGAUUAGUGCUGAGCGUGCCACCGAUCCAGCUCUCGCGACGGUUGACCGCUACUCAUACCAUGAAGAUGAUGGAACCUAUGUCUUUGGCUACCAAGCUGCUGACGGCUCAUUCAAGGAAGAAAGGCGAGCGCCUGACUGCACUGUGACUGGCAAGUAUGGUUACGUGGAUCCCACCGGAACCCUUCGAGAGUUUACUUAUUCAUCAGGUAAUGCGUGUGACACUAAUGCCGAGGAAGAUCCAGCCCUACAGGAGACACAGCCACGCAAUGAACAAUUCAUCAAGCAGACAGCAGAACGACGCCUAACCAACGAUGAGCUAAGCAUUGUACAACCCAGCCGUCGUCGCCGUCCCGUGAGCCGUCUGACCCGUCCUCAGUUGGAGGUGACAGCGGAACCACGCCAACGUGUAAGAACCGGUCGCCGUAGACAGCCUCAGGCCACUUCGGCCCAACGUCCACAGGAACAACAGUUAUUCCAGAUUCCUCAGAUUCCCUCGGCCGUCUUCACUACUUCACCUCCAGUCACCACCACAGAGCCUGCCUUCGCGACCCCAUCCCCAAUCUUCAACACUCCAGGGCCCAUCUUUGUCACCCCAGCCCCAGAAACUUUCACCGCUCCCACAUUCACUACACAAAAGAGUUUCAACAGGUUCACCACAUCCCCUUCAUUCCGCCAACCUCCGAGCUUAGAACGUUCGAGGACUAGUGCCUCACGAGGCCGUUCUCGCAGCCGAAGCCGAUCUCGCAGUCGCUCUCGCGCCCGCGCUCAAGUGCAACAGGUUACACAACGCAUACCAGAAAUCCGACACUCUGUCCCAACACCUCCUUCUGCUCCUGUUAGUCUUCCAUCAUCACCACCACCACAAGUUUUCGAGGUUCAGCAGCAACAGCAGAGACAACAGCAACAGCAGCAGCAGCGGCAGCCUGUUCAGCCUUUUGACUUUGAGGGCGAGUUCAGUGAUCUGUUUGAUAACUUCGCUGUCACUCAGCCAGUUACCCAAGCACCUUUCUUUGCACCCACACAGGCUUUAGUGAGACCCACUCCCAGCCCAACCAAAGCACCCAGAUCCAGAAGCAGAGCCAGAGCAAGAAGGCCAACUUCACAGCUACCUUCUGCCCCACCACCACCACCACCACCACCACCAAGCACAGCAGUUCCCCGGCCUACGUCACCACCACCAACCUUACCGCCAUCUCAGGCCUUCGAUGAUGGAUCUUUCACACUGGGCGGUGGCAGCAGCCAGGGCGCCCAGCAGUUGGUCUUUGAUUCUGAACUCGGUACCUUCAGGACGGUUCACGUGCCUACCGCCCCCAAACAAUCCCCUCCACCAGCUUUCCAAACUCCAAUCCAGAUUUCCUCCGUCCACCGCCCCGUAACUGAAGCAUCGUUCCAGUCCCAUGCCAGUCUCACUCCGGCUCCUCGUCCCGCUGCAUCAUCACAUUUCGUGGCCCCAACACACUUCACAUCCAGCUCUGUCACUGCUAGGCCUCAGCCUAAAAUUCCAUCUCCUCCUCGGCCCUCCACUCAGUUCCAGCCCAGGCCUCAACCAGCCCCCAGACCAUCAAAGCCUCAAAUUCGGGUAACACCUCGACCUCAGCCCACCUCUAGGCCAUUCCAGCCACAGCAAUUCCAGCCUCAGCCAGCCUCCCAGUCCUUCCAGCCUCAGCCAGCCUCCCAGUCCUUCCAGCCUCAGCCAGCCUCCCAGUCCUUCCAGCCUCAGCCACUACCACAGUCCUUCCAGCCUCAGCCAGCCCCAAGGCCUCAGUUCCAAUCUUCAUCUCAGCAGGUUUCCAAUCAAUUCCAGCCACAAUCUCAGUCUAUUCCCAAAUCAUUCCAGUCUCAGUCCACAGUGGUUUCUCACUUCGAAGCUCCAGGGCACUUCACUGCGCCCCAGAGUUCCGUUGCCGUGAGCUCGUUCCCAACUCAAAAGCAGCAGAUCCACCACAAACCCCGCCCCGCUCCACCCCGCCCCGCUCCACCCCGCCCCGCUCCACCCCGCCCCGUUCCAUCCCUCCCAGCUCCAGUCCCGAAGAGCACCUUCGUCCAGAACACACGACCACAUUCAGGAAUUCCACUGCCGGUGUUCGGAGGAGGCCAAGGAUUUAAUCCAUUACCGCAUGUCCCCACAGGAAGUCUUUCAAUUAACAAUCAAGGAAACGCAAACACUGGAGAUGAAUUCGACAAGUUCUUCUCAGAAUUUUCCCUGAGCUUCUGAAGACCAGAAGCAAAAGGGUGGAGAUUUUCUUCGCCUUAUACAAAGUCUAGACAUUAAGAUAUAACAUUUUAUAAGGUCUUUUUCUUAUAUGGAAACCUUAUUAUUUGUUGCCAUGUACUGUAAUUAUUAUAAUUAUAUCAUAAUAAUUUGCAACAUGUUCGUUGCAUCUUAACACUGCACGACUAGCGAGAAGUACGUUGCCCUCUUCGUCAUUAGCAGGGACAUUAAAACUUACACAUUGAAUAAUAUGUUGCAUCAUAACGUUGACUUCGAAUAUGAGGGACCGAGUGGCGCGUCUUCACCUGCACAACACUGAACUGGGAAUGAUCAUUUCCUUUGGCUGACAGCUGCCUCUGGACGGACGUCAAACAUUUCAUUAUUCUUUUUUCCAUGGAGAGCAAUUUUGUAUCUAUAUUGGUUUCCAACCUUAUUAAUAUCCACACAUGCCUUCACACUCUACAGCUGCUACACACGCUGCGUCAGGCGGCACUGCGCGUUCAGCCUGACGAACACUACUUGCACCACAUAUGCUGCUGUACAUAAUCUGCUUCAACACAAAAAUUUUGCAAGCUUUUCACUACCUCAACCUUAGACCAUUUGUCAUUCUAUCAUUACCCUUACCUGUGGCCUCUGCUUCAAGCCACACCCCACGACUACCCUCCCCUCAUUUGUCAUCUGCUUUAACUUAAGACAAAUGUAAAUCAGUUAUGCACUGCCGACAACAGAACAGUGUGACGACUGUCCACAUUGAUAGAAAUCCCGUCGGUAUACCUGAGGUCAUUAGAAGGUCAGCUGACUGCUGAGGAUCGUUUCCAUUCACAGGGAAGGACAGUAAAGCUUUGGAUCAUCCAGCACGACAGAAUAAAUGAAACAUGGCAAAAAGUAAUGCAAAAUAAACAUUGUCCCUCUAUUACAUGACGAAAUGCUAUAGAGUUUUACUUAGAAUCGCUAUCAGGCACCAGCAGUUCAGAAAGAUGUUGAUACAGUUUCAACUACCGUGAAAUUAACAGUGUGAACAGUGUGAGGCUUAGGCAUCAUGAGACGAACUUUUAAAAGACAAGAAGACCGCUUACUGUCUGGCGCCGAGAUGAAACACAAGCAAAGAGCAGAAUCAGCCACCAACGAUGGUCACACACACACACACACACACACACACACACACACACACACACACACACACACACACACACACACACACACACACACUACAACAGAAGAGAUAGGAAUGUGCAGAAAAAAAUCUGUAGAAUACAUGACUAGAAGUGUGUGUAAGCAACAUGUACUUACAUAAAUAUAAGGAAAAAUAUAACAAUUCGGUAUCAAAAGAUGGGUGGGUACAAGCUUGACUCAGUCAUGUAGGAUAACAAAUGAAAUGCAAAUAGUUAAACGACAGAUUUGCAGUAAGCGGAUAAACAGGAAUCUAUGAGUGGUAAAGAAGGUGAGCUCCUUAAAAGUAGUUCCCUGUUGCCUCUGUAAACCUAACUUUACACGUCAAGCAGGGACGUACGUGACAGGCAUCUGAUUCUCCCCUCACAACAGGAGCACUACAUAUAACGAUGACGACUUGCUGAUGUGUUGCCGUGUUCUGUACAUAAGUGUAACAUAGGUUUCAUAUUUUGCAUGUUCCCCACAAUAAAGAACGAUUAUUUA